AUGCGUGAACCUGGAAAAGCAGGCGGGUCAGAGCCAGGCUGGGACCACCUGCCAGGCACCAGAGGAUGUUCUCUACGUACGACCAUGGCGCUUAGGAAAAUCAACUACCUUCUCGUCUCCUGCCUCAGUUGCUCCGUGCUCAUCUCGAUAAAAAACUCCUUUUGCAAUAAAAACGACACCAGGUGCCUCUCGAAUUCUUGCCAAGACAAUUCUACAUGCAAGAGUUUUUCAAAAGACAAUAGUUGCCGUUGUUCGGACACAGCCAGUAACCCGGACGAAGGCUGUGACACCGUGGAAGACCCUUGUCUCUCCGGCCCCUGUCAGGGAAAGGCCACUUGUGUGAGCUCCCCGGGAGAAAGGGGCUUCCAGUGCGAAUGUCCCCCUGGGUACGGAGGGACGGCCUGUGAAGCCACCGCGGGUCCCUGCGGCGAGGACUCCUGUCAGCACGGGGGCAUUUGCCGUCAGGACCCCGCUGCCCCCGUGUGCCUCUGCCCUGCCGGGUUCGCUGGAACAUUCUGCGAGCUAGACCUCGACGAGUGUGCCUCCAGCCCCUGCCGCCACGGGGCCGUGUGCCAGGACGGCGUCAGUGGCUUCUCCUGCUUCUGUGUCCCCGGGUACCAGGGCAGCCUGUGCGACCGGGAGGUGGACGAGUGUGUGUCGGGGCCCUGCCAGAACCAGGCCACCUGCGUCAACGAGGUCGGAAGAUACAGCUGUGUCUGUCCCCACGCUUACUCUGGUGUAAAUUGUGAGCUGGAAAUUGACGAAUGCUGGUCCCAGCCCUGUUUAAACGGUGCAACUUGCCGGGAUGCCGUGGGGUCUUAUUCCUGCGACUGUGCCCCUGGGUUCCUGGGGGGCCACUGCGAGCUCGACGCUGACGAGUGUGCCAGUGAGCCCUGUCUCCACGGGGGACUGUGUGUGGAUGCAGCAAACAGAUACAGCUGUAACUGCGCGGGCAGCGGAUACACAGGAGCGCGCUGUGAGACCCCGAUGCCUCUUUGCUGGUCCGAACCCUGUCACAACAAUGCUACGUGUGAGGACCGUGUUGGCAAUUACACUUGUCACUGCUGGCCCGGGUACACGGGGGCCCAGUGUGAGACCCACGUCCCCGAAUGCAGCAGCGGCCCCUGCCAGGCCGGGGGCCAGUGCGUGGAGCUGUCCUCGGAGGAGCAACACGGGCGCGUGGCCGGGCUGCCCUCGUCACUCGGCCACCCCGAAGCCGCAGGCUACGUCUGCAUCUGUCCCCCGGGACUCACAGGAAUCCACUGUGAAGAAGACAUCAACGAAUGCUCUUCAAGCCCUUGCCAGAAUGGUGGCACUUGUGAGAACCUGCCUGGGAAUUACACCUGCCACUGCCCCUUUGAUGGCCUUUCUAGAACAUUCUAUGGAGGCAGGGACUGUUCUGACAUCCUCCUGGGCUGUGCCCACCACCCCUGUCUGCACGACGGCACGUGCGUCCCUCACUUGCACGACGGCCAGCACGGCUUCCGCUGCCUGUGUCCCCCUGGCUUCGCCGGGCCCUCGUGCGAGGCCGUCACUACACUUGCAUUUGGGGGCAGCGGCUUCCUGCGGGUGACGACCAGCUCGGUGACAACCCCGGGCCCGGCGUGUAGCGUGGCCCUCCGGUUCCAGACCGUCCAGCCGACGGCGCUGCUGCUCGUCCGGGGCCGCGGGGACGCGGCGGUGCGGUUGGAGCUGCUGAGAGGCCACGUCCACCUGUCGGUUGGGGCCGGGGACCGGCCGGACGUGCUUCUGUCCCUGCCCCACAGCACCAGCGACGGACAGUGGCAUUCCGUGGAGGUCACGGUGGCAGAGGCCGUGACCCUGCGCUUGGCGGACGACUCCUGCGCGGCGCGGUGCGAGGCUGCGGCGCCGUCCCCGUCCCCCGGCGGCCGCUCGGCGUGCGCGGCGCGGGGCGCCCUGCUGGGGGGGCUGCCGGGGGCGACAGGCGACGCCCGUGUCGUGCCGUUCGUGGGCUGCCUCCGGGACGUCAGGCUGGACGGGAGCCACGUCACCCUGGAGAACGGCUCGUCCCGCGACGUCAGGGCCGGCUGCGCCAGGCGGGACUGGUGCCGAGGCCGCCCGUGCGGGGGCCGGGGGCGCUGCGUGAACCUGUGGCUGGGCCGGCGGUGCGACUGUCCCCGGCCCUACGCGGGCCCCGGCUGCCUGCGAGAGUACGUGGCAGGCAGAUUCGGCCACGAGGACUCCACCGGCUACGCUGCCUUCACGCUUGGUGACAGCCACGAGGAGAACAUCAGCCUGUCCAUGUUUGUCCGGACCCGCCGACCGUCCGGCUUGCUUCUCGCUUUGGAAAACAGAACUCACCAGUUCAUCCGUGUCUGGAUAGAGCGCGGGAGACUGGCAGUGCUGGCUCCAGGCUCCCCCAAACUGGUAGUGGAAUUUGUCAUUAGUGAUGGAAAUGUCCACUUGAUAUCUUUGAAAAUCGAGCCAAGUAAAAUUGAACUCUAUCAGUCUUCACAAAACCUGGGAUUUAUUUCUGCUCCUACCUGGAGAAUCCAGAGGGGAGAUGUCCUCUACAUCGGCGGCCUACCUGACAAGCAGGAGACCGAAGUGAGUGGUGGGUUUUUCAAAGGCUGUAUCCAAGAUAUAAGACUGAACGACCAAACCCUGGAAUUGUUCCCAAAUUCAACAAAUAAUGCAUCUCUCAAUUCAAUUCUUGUUAACGUGACCAAAGGCUGUCCCGGAGACAAUAUGUGUAAGGCCACGCCCUGUCUCAAUGGAGGCGUCUGCCACACGCUAUGGGACGACUUCUCCUGCUCCUGCCCCGCACACGCGGCCGGGAGGGCCUGCGAGGAAGCCCGGUGGUGCGGACUCAGCCCCUGUCCCCCCGCAGCGCAGUGCCAGCCGGUGCCCCAGGGAUUUGAAUGUAUUGCAAAUGCCGUUUUCGAUGGACAAAGCAGUGAAGUAUUAUUCAGAAGCAAUGGGAAGAUCACCAGGGAACUCACCAAUAUCACAUUUGGUUUCAGAACCAGGGACGCAAAUGUGAUGCUACUGCGUGCAGAAAAAGAGCCUGAAUUUCUUAACAUUAGCAUUCGAGAUUCCAGAUUAUUCUUUCAGCUGCGAAGUGGCAACAGCUUCUAUGUGCUGCGUCUGACGAGUGUGCAGUCCGUGAACGACGGCACGUGGCACGAGGUGACGUUUUCCAUGACAGACCCGCUGGCCCAGGCCUCCCGGUGGCAAAUGGAAGUGGACGACCAGACACCCCCUGUGACCAGCGCGACUGCGACCGGGAGCCUCGGGUUUCUGAAGGACGACACGGACAUCCACGUGGGUGGCCAAGCCACUGCCAGCACCAGGGGCCUGGAGGGGUGUCUGAGCACGAUAGCAAUCGGAGGCAUAUUUCUCCCUUACUUUGGAAAUGUUCGUGGUUUCGCUGAUAAACCUCAGGAAGAGCAAUUUCUCCAAAUCUCUGCGCAUUCGGUGGCUACCGGGUGUUUGCAGCGGGAUGGCUGCGCCUCCGGCCCCUGUCUGCAGGGAGGGAGCUGCGAAGACACCUACAGCUCUUACCGCUGCUCUUGUCCUCGGGGACGGUCAGGGACGCACUGCGAGCUCCACGCCGACGACUGCUCCUCAGACCCCUGUAUCCAUGGCAACUGCUCGGCCGGAGCGGCGGGCUCCCGCUGCAGGUGUGAGCCCGGGUACACCGGUGUGAACUGUGAGGUGCAGGUAGACCAUUGCCAGGGUCACCAGUGUGCAAACGGGGCCACCUGCGUUGGCGGCGUCAAUGGCUAUUCCUGCCUCUGUUUGGGAAAUUUUACGGGGAAAUUUUGCAGACAGAGCCGAUUGCCCGAGACAGUCUGUGGGAACCAGCACGCAAACCUCACGUGCCACAACGGCGGCAGCUGCGCGGAGCUGCGGGCCGGGCUGCGGUGCGUGUGCCGGGCCGGCUUCGCGGGAGAGCGGUGUGAAGAGGACGUGGACGAGUGCGCCUCGGACCCCUGCCUCCACGGGGGCCGGUGCCGCGACCUGCCCGGCGGGUUCCAGUGCCUGUGCCCCGCGGCCUUCGCCGGCCCGCGCUGCGAGCUGGACCUGGCGGCCGGCCUGCUCUCGGGCGUCUUCACAGCCGUGGGCUCGGCGACCCUGGUCUCGCUGCUGCUGCUGCUCCUGGCCGUGGCCGCCUCGGCCGCCUCCAGCAGGAGAGCCACGCAGGGGACCUACAGCCCCCGCCGGCAGGAGAGGGACGGGCCCCGCGUGGAGAUGGGCAGCCUGGCGCCGGCCCCUGCCGUGGAGAGGCUGCUCUAG